UAAAAAUAGCUAUGACGUUUCGUGGAAUUUUCCACAGAAAACGAGGCAAGAAGGCCUUCAAAACCGAGAGGCCUGUUGUAAGUUUUUCGGUAUCGGAAGUAGAGGAUUACCUUAUAUGGAAAAUGCUUAAAAUAGCACAUGACGUAUUGCAAAGGUUACGAUCUACGCACACUUCUGGAGAAAUGACCCGGAAACUGAUGCUUUCUGUCACGGAAAGCUCACGAGAGAGAUUCGAUUCGAAUUUCUUGAGAUUGAAACUGAGAUUUAAGCUUGCUUAGAUAUCAUCGCUGACCAAACUUUAAAUCAAAAUACUACUCGCGCCUUUUUUUUGAAUAUAAUUGUGACUGAAUUAAGUUCCUAGAAUUAUUUAUCGCGUUUUCGCUUGUAUUGUGAAUCGUCAUUUGAUUUCGCGACUUUAUUUUUAAAAAAACCCAGCAGUAUUUGUCUAUAUUUUCUUUUCUGUCGAGAUGCACAUCCAGGUCGAGGAGCGUGUGUUUUCUUCCAUUGCAGAUUCAAGUGGAUGUCUUGGUAGUGCGCUUGUGGCAGGUGAUUCCAACGUACAUCGUAUCCAAGCAGCGAUUCAAAAUUGGUCCACUAUUCGAUGCCUCCCAGUAUCAGGAGCCAAGUUUGUGAAUGACAAGAAGGGAUUUGUGGCAGUUCUGCAGCUUUCAUUGAAGAAGGAGUUUUACCCAUGUGUCUAUAUUCAUCUUGGCUCCAAUGAUGUUCAAGCCAGAGAGGAUGUGUUUUAUAGGAGAGUCACUGAGGUAUGUGAUAGUAUCCACGAGACGAGUCCGGAAACUGAGAUUGUUUUAUGUUCUAUUCUGCCACGAAAAAAGAAUGACAGACGAGUAUCUUCAACAUUAGCGAGAGUCUUCAACAGAUGGAUCCAGAAUGCUAACACCAUGCUAAUGGACAUUUCAGAGGCCAUCCCAUACAUCAGAUUCCUUGGAUAUGGAGCUCAGGAAUGUGCUGAUGUGUUGGGUCGUGAUGGACUUCAUCUGAGUCGUGUUGGUGGUAGACAUUGUAGUCAGGUGAUUGAGGAGGAUGUGUAUUCCUGGAGUGAAAUAGCCUAUCAGCAGGAUGUACAUUGGAAUGAAGACAUACGCCAACCACAUUCAGCAGAGAUUGAUGCAUCAAGCUUUGACCAGUGCCUGGCAGCUGCUGUUGAACCAGUCAGUGACCAGAAUGUCCAGGCCAGCAAGCAGCCUCUGUACUCGGAAAUAGUCCGUUUGCCAGCAGCUGAAGUUCCAGAUGUUACCUCAGUGCAGCAUAAUGUGAAGUUACCAAGGCGCAAUGUAUUGAAGGUUGAUGAAUGUGCUAGAUCAGCCAGACCAUGUAACCACAGAUCAAACAAACAUCGAAGGGCAAGGCGAAGAAAAUUUACGCAACACAGACAGCUGAAAGUUCAAAGAUCUGAGCAGUAUAAAGAUCACGUUGAAAUUCUGUUGACAUCUGAUGUAACGGUAAAGGUGAAGGCAGACAAUGUACAUAGCAUCUGGAUGUGCCCGAAAGAAGACGCCAUUACCACAAAGAAGCGCCUACCUGUCUGCUCUACAAUGACUGGAGUUAAGAAGAUAAACAAGCAGACAUGGUUUGACUGCCCCCUUUGCCCAGUGAAGUGUUCAAGAGAAGAUUUCCUACUGGACCAUUUCUGUCGACGCCAUGUUCCUGGAGGGACCAAAUACAAGAAGAACACUGACAAUUCUUUCUGUCAUCGGAAAUCAACGAAGAGCAGCAGAAGUCAGCCAAACUCGAAGAGCACCAUUUCAACAUCCAGCCUGAACCCUGUAGAAAAAACUUCACCUCCCCAUCAAGAUGAAUUGGAUAUCGCAGAUCACGCCGAUUUCUCCAAAUUAAAAUUACUUUUAUCAAAUGAUGUUGAGCAAAAUCCUGGACCUACCUAUCACUGUGAAUGGAAUAAUUGUGGAUUCAUCGGGCUAACAACAACCAGAAUGGGACAACACCUGCGACAACAUGGACGAGAAGAGGAAUGCAAAUGGGCGCAAUGCAAUGGAUUUCAGCGAACGAGCUACGAAGACCUGGAGUUACACAUUAUACACGACCACUUCUUUGAUGACAGAAUCACCUUUCCUUCCCUAGAUGAUUGGCUGGAAUAUCUCCCAGAAAAAAGAAUCGACCCAGAAACCACUGAUUUACGCUUCUGUCCAAAACACCUGAGAAGCAAGCUGAAGUUGUUACUGUUUGAUGAGGACUACCUGGACAUGCCGACAAACAAAUCAUACACAAUGAGCGACCACCUGUGUACACUGGAUUUUGAAAUAUGUUUCAGUUUGAGCGAACAGACUCCAACUUUGGCUUCCAGCUUUGCUGUUGAGAAAGGUCAACAAGUUCCACCAGAAGUUCCACCAGAAAUACAUCACGUCUUUAAUGUUUGAGGCAGAUUUUCCACAGCGUCUUCAUCCAAUCUACUUGUGUCGGCAUGUGCAACUACUUAAUCUGAAGGCUUGGAGGGAAUUGUAGCUCAGUGCUUCAUCCUUUAUGUGGAUAAACAAAAGGGAACCAGAAGGAUCGAUCUAAAGACAUUCUUUUCAUAAAUCUGUUGGUGUCAAACAAUAUAAUUUUGAUUGAUCAGUCUUCUUAGUGCCUGUAGUGAACAGUAUGUAUUGUAUUAUAUGUAGUAUAAUAAUCAAUUAAGUGUUGAUAAAUGUCUUACAAUUAUCGUAUAACCCUUUAUAUCAAGUUUUGUUAUUUAAUUGUAGAACAGCAAAAGAAACAUUUGUGGAUUUUAAAAGAUAAGGCAGAGGCUAUGUUUACACUGUAAAUGUUCAACUGGUGAAUUCCAUUAUUUGUUGCAAUAUCUAGAUUUUGAUAAUGUAAGGAAUGAUUUCUGAUUAAAGUAUUACAAUAGGAAUCCAAUCUCUGUUAUGCUUAAAGAUGCACUUUUACUCCCAAAUUAGAUAUUCCACAGUUUAUAUGAUUGUUUUUUAUAUAAAAAAAUAAGAUUCUUAUGAAGGAUACAGAGUUGAAUUUGAAAGAAGGUUGCAGGAAACAUAAAGAUCAUAAUCUUUUAGCACUCAUAAUCUUUUAGCACUCACCAAUCAUUUAAUAUUUUUAAUUUUAGGAAUUAAAUACACAGUUACAAUAUUGUUAUCAGGAAUCAAUAUUUUCCAUAAAUGCAUUAUUUAGUAAGUAGUUAAAGGUUUAUCAGUCGAAAUGUAUGUUUCAUACAUGUGUAUAUUUUGAUUUUGAAUAAGAGUCACUUGAAAGAUUUAGCUAAAAAUGUUAGAAGAAGAAACUGAAAUUGCCCAAUUCUGUACAAAUAAUUAAGGUCAUACAUUCGCUUAUACACAUUUUAUCAAUGUGGAAUGUUAACUUAAAUUGUUUCUUAAGUAUGAUAUAACAAUCUAUAUUGCAUAAGUAAUUGAAGAUAUUGUUAAAUACCACUUGUAUGUGUACAUGCUGGGUACCCCUUGCACAUAAUGAAAGCUAGGUAUGAAUAAUAUACGAUUUUAAAAUAAUUGCAGUAAAAGACGGCAGUAAACUGAAUGGAAGCUGUACACACACUUAUAAGUACACCUUCACGUGCUGUUACACAACAUCUCAUGUAACUACUGAGAACACAUGUUUACAGUACAUAUAUUACACUGCUUUAUUUGGACUCAUUUUAUAAAAAAAACCCAUUUAAUUCCUGUUUUGUUAUUAUUUGUUAUAAAUCAAAUGCUUGAAGUCAUGUUUUAUGAUCUUAUAAUAAAAUUUUAU